AUGGAACUGGAUUCGGACAACAAGUUAUUAAAGACGGGUUUGGUUAUAGUGGCGACACUUGCUAUAUCCAAACUCAUAUUCUCCUUCUUCACUUCCCAUUCCAGGAAGAAGCGUCAUCCUCCCACUCUUCAAGCUUGGCCUCCGUUGAUCGGAAGCCUUAUCCGGUUCUUGAAAGGCCCUGUCAUAAUGCUUAGAGAUGAAUACCCUAAGCUUGGAAGUGUCUUCACAGUGAAUCUUCUUCACAAAAAUAUGACUUUUCUCAUUGGUCCUGAAGUCUCCGCUCAUUUUUUCAAAGCUCAUGAUUCUGUUCUCAGCCCAAAUUCUGUUUUUGAUGUCGACUACACCGUUCGUCAGGAACAGUUUCGGUUCUUCAGCGAGGCACUCCGAGUCAACAAACUGAAGGCUUACGUGGAUAUGAUGAUUACUGAAGCUGAAGGUUUCUUCUCCAACUGGGGAGAGAGUGGUGAAGUUGAUCUUAAGGAAGAGCUAGACAGUCUCAUCAUCUUGACUGCAAGUAGAUGUCUACUGGGUCGAGAAGUACGUGACCAGCUUUUUGAUGACGUCACUGCUUUGUUCCAUGAUCUUGACAAUGGAAUGCUUCCCAUAAGUGUUCUCUUCCCAUACCUCCCUAUUCCAGCUCACCGUCGUCGCGACCGUGCUCGUGUAAAGCUUUGUGAGAUUUUCUCAAACAUCAUGUUGUCGAGAAAACACUCUGGCAAAACAGAGAACGACAUGUUGCAGUGUUUCAUCGAGUCAAAGUACAGAGACGGUAGACAGACAACCGAAUCCGAGGUAGCGGGUUUGCUCAUCGCUGCUCUCUUUGCAGGACAGCAGACGAGCUCUAUCACUUCCACGUGGGCCGGUGCUUAUCUGAUGAAAUACAAAGAGUACUCGUCCGCUGCCUUGGAUGAGCAGAAGAAGCUGAUUGAGAAACAUGGAGACAAGAUUGAUCACGACAUCUUAUCCUCGGAGAUGAAUGUUCUCUACCGUUGCAUUAAGGAAGCGUUGAGGCUUCACCCUCCGUUGAUCAUGCUGAUGAGAGCCUCCCACAGUGAUUUCAACGUAACAACCAGGGAUGGGAAAACGUAUGACAUCCCAAAGGGUCAUAUCGUUGCAACCUCGCCUGCUUUUGCAAACCGCUUGCCGCAUGUCUUCAAGAACCCGGACAGCUACGACCCGGAUAGAUUCUCCCCGGGAAGAGAAGAGGACAAAGCCGCAGGGGCAUUUUCGUACAUUUCAUUCGGUGGAGGUAGGCACGGGUGUCUUGGAGAGCCCUUUGCUUACCUUCAAAUCAAAGCCAUAUGGAGUCAUUUGUUGAGGAACUUUGAGCUUGAGUUGGUUUCACCCUUCCCUGAGAUGGACUGGAACGCUAUGGUGGUUGGCAUUAAAGGCAAUGUGAUGGUGCGUUAUAAGCGGCGUCAACUUGUCUUAGAUUAACGUGGUUUUUGCAACCUUUGGUUUCUGUAUUUGUCUCUCUCUCUCUCUGGUUUUAGUUCUGUGGUUGAAUGUAGGGAUGUUAACUUAGGGUAAAA